GGCAUUCAAAGCACCUUCAGGCAGCACAACGCGAUUAAUGCGGCAAUUAACGUGUGCGUGGUUGCGUAAAUCCCUCGCAAGGCUGCUGGCUGAAACCAGCCUAAGGUAUCUGCCAAAAUUCAUGUUUCUUCAUGAAAUCUUUGACAGAGCAGUUUCUUCUCAUUUCCUCUCGUUUUCAACACAGAGUAGAAAUAAUUUACAAUCUCAGGGUCGAUAAGUUACAAUAAGCAAGUUGAUUUCUCCUGUCACCAGCAUUUUCCCGUGUUUAUUUGUCCCUGAUAUGGAUCCGAUUCCCAAUUAACCCCGCAGUAUCGAUCCCCGAUGCGCAGUCGAUAAUCAGGGGAUUCUCUCACUGUUGAUCUGCACGCUGCACCAUCGUAAUUCGAUUCUGAUUUUCUCCGUGGAAGAUAUCUGUUGGUCGUCUGAUUUCUCCGAUGAUCAGUGUGCAGCGCGAUGGGAUAGACGAAUAACAACGGGCGUCGCGCUGUGGCAGCAGCUUCGGAUCGAAGAUGCUCCUGGCCAGAGCGCUAGGGUUGGGGGUGGUGGUGUGGUUGGGAUGUCUGGGGAGUGCGACGGCCGAGCACUCCAAGCGACUCACCAAGGCCGAGCUCAAACGACAGGCGGCCAUGCGCAAGCAGCUGAUUACGGCGCAGAAGCAGCUGGAAGCGGAGCACAACGGGUUGGCUGAAGAAGCGUUGAAGCGACUAGCACAGAAGUUGGGCUCGGAGUUAUUCCGUCUGACGAAGGAUGCCUCGGGAUUCACGCAGCUGGAACAGAGUUUCCGCGCGGCGGGCGUGCGCGUGGAGAAGCAGGACGUGGCGGCGCGUCUGCAGGAGAUCGCCACGAAGCUCUCCAGCACCAUGAGCAAGAAGGUGGAGGCCGUCAAGCGCCUGGUGGAGACGGCCGAACAGAUCACCCGCGCCGCCGCCUGGGAUCCCCACGUUAAUGUAUCGUAUUACAACGCCAAGGAGCUGAACAACGUGAAGAACGACUCCAGCUGGCCGUUCCUGACGAUGGACUUCACGGCGGAUCCGCGGUAUCACUACGAGGAAGUCAACAUGCUGCGCAGCACGGUACACGUGCCCACCAACAUUUUCAACCGCUCGCCGACGGUGCUGUACGGCGUGCGGUGGAGCAAGCAGCUGGACAAGACGUUCCGCGUGAACCAGGCGAACGACGACAGUCUGCGGUGGCAGUACUUCGGCAGCGCCGAGGGCUUCAUGCGCCUGUACCCGGGGGCGCGCUGGUCCAUGGAGCCCGACCGGCCCGACAUGUACGACUGCCGCCUGACCAACUGGUACAUCCGCGCGGCCAGCAGUCCCAAGGACAUGCUCAUCCUGCUGGACAUGAGCGGCAGCAUGACGGGGAUCCGGCAGGAGAUCGCCCGCACCACCGUCAAGGAGAUCAUGAACACGCUGCACGAGGACGACUUCUUCAACAUCAUCAAGGUGGCGGAAGUGGCGCGCUACCUGGAGCCCUGCCUGAAAGACACCCUAGUCCAAGCCUCGGAGCUGACCAAAUCCCUCUUCGAAGAGCGCAUCAAACUGCUGAAAACGGAGAACAUCGCCAACUUCACCGAGGCCCUGCAGAUGGCCUUCGCCGUGCUCAACCGCACCGACCCGGCCCGCGAAUCGGCCGGCUGCAACAAGGCCAUCAUGAUCAUCAGCGACGGCCUGCCCGAGGAGUACGACGACCUCAUGGCCGAGCUCAAUCCCGAGAAGCGGGUGCGCGUCUUCACCUACGUCAUCGGGCGGGAGGUGACGGACGUGAGUAACAUGAAGAAGAUGGCCUGUCUCAACCGGGGCUACGUCACCCAUGUGUCGACCAUGGCGGAUGUGCGGGACAACGUCGAGAUGUGUAUAUCGGUGUUCAGUCGACCGAUAGGGAUGAGUAAGGAUGCUUUCCGUAAAGACACGACGUGGACAUUCAAACAUCAGACGGUUGAUAACAGCGGCUCGCCGAAUGCCGGAAUGGUGAUCUCCGUGGCGCAGCCGGUCUUCAAUCGCUCUUUGGCGGCGGAGAAGAAGGGCAGUUUAAUCGGCGUCAUGGGCAUCGAUGUCAACGUGUCCGAUAUCCGCGCCAUCAUGACACCCUACCGGUGGGGCGCCGGAAGUUAUAUUUUCGGGACGAAUCACAACGGUCACGUGCUCUUCCAUCCCUUCUGGAAAGCCAUGGUGAAGCCGUCGGCAGUGCCCAAGCAUUCUUACAACGAAGUGGACCUGUCGGAAGUGGAGUGGCAGAUUCCCAAGGACAAUCAUCACGCGGCAUCACCGGAACGGGCUUUUUCUUUACCGUUACGCAACGACAUGGUGAACCAGUUGACCGGGCAGAAGACGAUGCUGAUUUUGCGCCAACUGCAUCACCGGAAGCGCGUGUACGUCCGCGAGUACAACUACUACUACACCGGCAUCCUGGACACCCCGCUGAGCGUCGGCAUCGCCAUUCCGGCGCGGAUGGGCCGCCCGAACACCGAACUGCUGCGCGUCACCGGCCGGAUGCCGUUCGCCGAUUUCCAGCGGUUGAACAUCGACUACAGCGACACCGAGUGGCGUCUGCAUCCCGAGUGGGCCUUCUGCAACGCCACCAUCACCAACAUCACCCACCUGGUGGAGGUUCUGCAGCGGAAUGCCGUCGCGGGGGUGGGCGGGGAGGCCGCCGGUGCCGACGCGGCGGCGGUGCCGAUUUCCUGUAAUGCGGAGUUGGUGGAGUCGCUGCUGCUGGACAUCCGCGCCACGGAGGCGGCGGUGGCGCAUUGGCGCGAGGUAGCGGAGAAGCCCAUCGGGAGCGGCCAGUUCGGCGUGCCCAUCGAGAUCGAGACGCUGUUCACGGCCACCCGCUCGGGUCUGACGCGCUACAAGGAACUGCCGCCCCUCCCGCAGGACGUCGUGGAGAAGCCGGCCGACGACCUGGGCACGGUGGAGUACCUGCGCGUGCUGCGCAACGAACAGGGCCCCACCGGCAUCACGCCCCUCCAAAACAACGCCACGGAGGCGGCGGCCACCGCCCCGGGCAAGGACAACAAACCCAACAAGCACUUCUUCGACUUCCACAGUAUGGCGGUGGAUGAGUCGUUCUACGAGCGCAGCGUGUCCAGCGCCAGCGAGAUGGUGAUCACCACGCCCCUGGCGGCGCCGGGGGCCCCCACGAUCAGCCACCCCGACGAGGACGAGUCCAGCGUGAUGGCCUCCGUCCCGGUGUACGUCUCCAGUCCGCCCACCAGCAACCAGCUGGCCCCCGCCGCCAUCGUCGGCAUCAUCAUCAAACGCCGCACCGUCCGCAGUCUGCUCCUGCAUCUCUCCAAGGAGACGUGUCUGUUUGGCGGCGCGGGGAAGAAGGCGGAGCAGUGCCUCUCCUGCCAUCACGCCGGCGUAGUGUGCUACCUGGUGGACGAGAGCGGCUACGUGGUGACCAGCACCCGCGAGGAGGACGACCGCGGCCGCUUCUUCGGUAUGCUGCACGGCGAGGUCAUGGCGCAGCUCAUCCACCACAACAUCACCAAACGGUAUAAAGUGUACGACUUCCAAGGGAUGUGCAUCAAGAACACCAGCAAGGACGCCUCGGACAGCGCCAGCAUCCUCCGCUCACUCUUCGGCAGUGUCUUCCAUGCCAGUCGCCUGUUGCUGGGCCAGAUUUUCACUUUCUUGUACACGGUGCUGCGCGGUGUUAUCCCGGUGGCGGGCGACAUGCAGGUGGAGGAGGUGCCGCAGUUCCGCUACCUGUACAGCGACGACCCCGGCUGCAAGACCAAGCAGCAGGAGGAGGAGGACGCCCUGGAGGAGGCGGCCACGCAGGCGACGCUGGAGGACGAGGGCAGCGGCGACGGCAACGAGACGGCCGCGGACGAUGAUCAUGAGGAGCCGGCGGAGGAGCGCAAGUGCCAGCGCCCCCCGCCGGUGGCCCCGCCCAUGUACCCCUGCGACAUGGAGUACCAUCUCUACCACACCGAGUGGACGCAGGUCAAGGCGAGGUUCUCCUUCGGCUGCCUGGCCAAUUGUACCAAGAACGUGGGCGUGUUCAAGGUGUCGACGACCAAUAUGAUCCUGGUGGCGCUGGACCGGCCGCUGUCCUGUCCCUGCAACGACACGCAGCUGCACACACCUUCCCCAGCAAGCUCAACUACGAGCAGGAGCCCCGCCCCGGCGAGGAAGAGGAGGAGGAGGCCGAGGAGGACGCCGCGGCCGCCGGCGAGGAGACCACGCCCAUGCCGGUGGAGAAGCAGCUGCUCAUUAGUCGGCGCUGCCGCAAGUACAACCAGCGCCCCUACCGCCGCAAACCCCACGACUGCUAUCCCUUCCAUCACGAUGAGGAUUCGAGUGACUGCGGCAUGGGCGGGAUGGAUCUGAACGGGAGCGGACGGAUACCCGGAUGCCGUCUGUCCCGUGUCGUGGUGAUCUUCAUCGCGCUGCUGUAUUGUGCCGGCGUCGGAGGGGAAUUAACCGCCGCGGCGUCCCGCUGAGUCUUUCCUGCCUGUCCUUGUCUUAAAUGCGCCGGUGAGCGUUGUUUUGUAGUUGUAUUGCCGCUGCUCACGUCACACUGCUCGUGCUCCAUGUCCGGUGGAAUUGACGCAUCAAAAUGGUCUUCUUGCGAAUUAUGAGCCGUGGUCCUUAUGUUUUUCUGUGCCAUGUUUCGGUGCCAUUUUUGUCUUGACUACUUUAACCCGGUGAAUUGUGGUGUACAGGGUAGGGUGUAUUUAUAUUAUUAGCCAAUUUGACAAGUGUUAUUAGAUUUCUAGGAUUAUUUAUUUUUAACUGGGGAUAAUUAAUUUCUAGUGGUGAAGGUUGUGGAUGAGUUGCGAAUAAUAACCAGAAGAUCGCGGAAUAAGCGCAUAGCGAUUGCACAAAUAAUAUUCUGAGUAUA